AUGGAAGACUGGAGAAGAAUAGACAUUGAUGCUCUUGAUCCGGAGAACACAAUGACCUUGGAGGAGCUCACACCGGAGGUUCCUCCGGUGUCUUCGCAGGAGGUUAGUUCCAAGAUCAACAACAUCCGUACACUGAUCUCGAAGGGGUCUCACGGUGAUGCUAUUCUGCUGGCGGUUGACGAGCCGCCAUACGGAGCAGAUGAGCAGUCCAAGGAGCUCUACCUCAACACUGUGAUUGACAUCUUUAGCGCCACGAAGCAGACCGACAUUGCAUCGAUUGUCAAGUCACUCUCACUAGAACAACAAAAUGCGCUUCUCAAAUACUUGUACAAAGGAAUGGCCUCUAAGAAGGGCCAGCAGCAAGGAGGCAUUCUCCUUGCGUGGUAUGAAAAGACAGUUGAGGUGACGGGUCUUGGUCCGGUUGUGCGCUAUUUGACCGAUAGACGUACUGUUUAG